GGUUGGUUGGAACGUCCAGAUAGUGGGGGCAAUAUUACAUGGCGCAUGCGGCCUACCUUCUGGGAAGAGACAUGUCGCAUCGUAUCCUCGUCAGCAUCGAUUGAUGAAGCUGUGACGGGCGCGACGGCGCACGUGCUGCUCGUUAGGAUGGAACUAGGUAUCUAUGGCUUGCAGCAUGUGGUUCAUCAUCAAAAACCCGCCGCUGCGCAAGGGCAAUACCACCUGCGUUUCCAUGUCUGCCUCAAUUAGCUUCUGCUUGUUUAUUUUGCAUGCAUUAUAACUACCUUUACCAUGGCUGCUCGUGCUUUGCUAUGGGCGACCUUUGCUGCCUCUACGCCCGGGUCUGUGAUCGGCAAGCGAACUGCGAGCGUAAACAGUACAACGUGUAACGGCGCCAAGUACUCAUAUGACGAGCUUGCCGGCUAUGGGUUCGUACCUUCAAAUGCCAUCGACAAGCUGGGUGAUACCCUAGGUGGACUAGGCUCCUCCCUGCAUCUUGACCAGGGCGCAUGGAGGAAGCACUGCAAUGGGUCUUACUCGGGUAUCCUAUGGUCGCUUCCUGACAGAGGCUGGAAUACCGAAGGCACCUUGAACUACAACCCGCGUGUUCAUAAAUUUCAGAUACUCUUUACACCCAGGCACAAUGCGACUGUUUCACAACCGUCAGCGCCAAACCUAGAAUUCUUCUAUUUAGAUACCAUUACUUUCUCCGGACCGGAUGGCACUCCUGCUACUGGCUUGGACGGUGACGCAAUCGGACAUCUCUCCUAUCCUGGCUUCCCUGACCUGCCUGUUGCUACAUAUGAGGGCGACGGUUUUGGCGGCGAAGGGCCCGGGGGCAAAAGAAUUCCAUUGGAUCCAGAAGGCCUUUAUGUAAACGACGACGGGUCAUUCUGGGUUUCUGACGAGUACGGGCCAUAUAUCUAUCUUUUCAGCUCCAUGGGGACCAUGCUCACCGCGAUUCGGCCACCUGAAUCAAUAAUACCAAAGCGAAAUGGCACCGACUCUUUCUCCGCGAACAGUCCCCCGCGGUACCUCGGUGACGACGGUGAUGAUGUCAGCCCGGAAGAUCCCGAUACCGGCCGUGACAACAAUCACGGAUUCGAGGGCCUUACUGUUUCCGCUGAUGGCAAAUCGUUAUAUGUGCUGCUACAAGCCGCAACUGUCCAAGAAGGAGGUCUGGAGAAGCAAACACAGCGACCUACGCGUUUCCUCAAGUAUGACGUUAGCGACAAGCUAGCUCCCGUCUAUGUAGGCGAGUGGACUGUGCCUCUUCCCUCUUACGUCGACCCCACGGCAUCUCCAAAGAAGAAUCCCAAGGUGGCCGCCCAAUCUGAAAUCCUCGCUCUUGAGAAUGGUCAGUUCUUCGUGCUCUCUCGUGACUCCGGUGCAGGCAAUGGUCAAGAUGUCACCAAAUCUGUAUAUCGCCAGAUCGACGUCUUCGAUAUUUCGGAUGCCACGGAUAUCAAGGCUGCGGGUGGCUAUGACUGCGCCGACGUAGAGUGUGCUGUUGCAGAUGCCGACACGGGCGUUUUGAAGACCGGCAUCACAGCUGCGAAGUACUGCGGCUUCUUGGACUUCAACGUCAACGCGCAGCUUAAUCGCUUCAAUGUGCACAACGGUGGAAAUGCCGAUCCUGGUUUGCUGAACGAGAAGUGGGAGUCGUUGGGUUUGGUCCCUGUCAAUCCGAAGAAACCUAAUGGCGAGUAUUUCGUCUUCAGCCUGAGUGAUAACGACUUUAUUACCCAGUAUGGAUACAUGAACGGUGGCGAAUUGCCGUAUGCUGACGAGAGCGGAUAUAACCUCGAUAGCCAGGCUUUGGUCUUCAAAAUCACUAUUUCAUAGCUGGUGGCACCAUAAAAUGGCGGUUCGCAUCUAUAUACAUGUUCUGUGAAGCUAAUCUAUGUAAUCAAAACCGGCGCCUAUGGGCAAUAUGGAUUACGGAAUAAUAAAACCCAAUCUUUACUCCUCGCUUGACUUCUUCGCUGAGUCUACGCUACCUUCAAUGGCAUGUCAAAGGCAGCCCUAGACCC